AUGACAAGGCUCGAACUGCAGUGCAUUGCGGGGACGGGCAGGAUAAGAAGGUAUAAUAACCGGAUAGGACCGGGGAAGGAAAGGAAAGGGACGGUGCCACUUGGAUUCAAAGACAUCGAACCUCGCCUUAAUUUAGAUUCAGAAUGGGGAAUAGAGACGACGAGUAUGAUUACUUGUUUAAAGUGGUGUUGAUAGGAGACUCCGGUGUGGGGAAGAGUAACCUGUUGUCUCGUUUCACCCGGAAUGAGUUUAACCUGGAGAGUAAGAGCACCAUCGGGGUGGAGUUUGCCACCCGCAGUAUCCAGGUGGAUGGGAAGACCGUGAAGGCUCAGAUCUGGGACACAGCUGGCCAGGAGAGAUACCGGGCUAUUACAUCAGCGUAUUACCGUGGGGCAGUGGGGGCCUUGUUGGUCUAUGACAUCGCCAAGCACCUGACCUAUGAAAACGUGGAGCGUUGGCUGAAGGAGCUGAGAGACCAUGCAGACAGCAACAUCGUAAUUAUGCUGGUCGGCAACAAGAGUGACCUGCGCCACCUCAGGGCCGUGCCCACCGACGAGGCACGGACAUUCGCAGAGAAGAACGGUUUGUCUUUCCUGGAGACCUCAGCCCUGGAUUCUACUAACGUGGAGACAUCCUUCCAGACCAUUCUGACUGAAAUCUAUCGCAUCGUGUCUCAGAAACAGAUGUCGGACCGACGAGACAACGACAUGUCGCCUAGCAACAACGUGGUCAACAUCCAGGUGCAGCCGACGGAGAACAAACCAAAGAUGCAGUGUUGUCAGAGCAUCUAACAGCCUCACCAGUAGCACCUGAUCCCCUCCCCUAAAAGACUGCUUGGUCCUAUCUGACUGAGACACAGCUGCAUGGCCAGGCUCUAGACUGAGACACAGCUGCGUGGCCAGGCUCUAGACUGACACACAGCUGCGUGGCCAGGCUCUAGACUGAGACACAGCUGCAUGGCCAGGCUCUAGACUGAGACACAGCUGCGUGGCCAGGCUCUAGACUGAGACACAGCUGCAUGGCCAGGCUCUAGACUGAGACACAGCUGCGUGGCCAGGCUCUAGACUGACACACAGCUGCGUGGCCAGGCUCUAGACUGAGACACAGCUGCAUGGCCAGGCUCUAGACUGAGACACAGCUGCAUGGCCAGGCUCUAGACUGAGACACAGCUGCGUGGCCAGGCUCUAGACUGAGACACAGCUGCGUGGCCAGGCUCUAGACUGAGACACAGCUGCGUGGCCAGGCUCUAGACUGACACACAGCUGCGUGGCCAGGCUCUAGACUGACACACAGCUGCGUGGCCAGGCUCUAGACUGACACACAGCUGCAUGGCCAGGCUCUAGACUGAGACACAGCUGCGUGGCCAGGCUCUAGACUGACACACAGCUGCAUGGCCAGGCUCUAGACUGACACACAGCUGCAUGGCCAGGCUCUAGACUCUAUGCUUCCAUGUAGAGGGUGAGGCUCUGUCUGAUCCCGUUGGUUCCUUAAGGAUCCCCAGUCAGGACUAUACAGCUGUGUCUGAGCCCGUUGGUUCCUUACGGAUCCCCAGUCAGGACUAUACAGCUGUGUCUGAGCCCGUUGGUUCCUUAAGGAUCCCCAGUCAGGACUAUACAGCUGUGUCUGAGCCCGUUGGUUCCUUACGGAUCCCCAGUCAGGACUAUACAGCUGUGUCUGAUCCGUUGGUUCCUUAAGGAUCCCCAGUCAGGACUAUACAGCUGUCUGAUCCCGUUGGUUCCUUAAGGAUCCCCAGUCAGGACUAUACAGCUGUGUCUGAGCCCGUUGGUUCCUUAAGGAUCCCCAGUCAGGACUAUACAGCUGUGUCUGAGCCUGUUGGUUCCUUAAGGAUCCCCAGUCAGGACUAUACAGCUGUGUCUGAGCCCGUUGGUUCCUUAAGGAUCCCUAGUCAGGACUAUACAGCUGUGUCUGAGCCCGUUGGUUCCUUAAGGAUCCCCAGUCAGGACUAUACAGCUGUGUCUGAUCCCAUUGGUUCUAUACAGCUGUGUAAUCUGAUCCCAUUGGUUCUAUACAGCUGUGUCUGAUCCCAUUGGUUCUAUACAGCUGUGUCUGAUCCCAUUUGUUCUAUACAGCUGUGUCUGAUCCCAUUGGUUCUAUACAGCUGUGUCUGAUCCCAUUUGUUCUAUACAGCUGUGUCUGAUCCCAUUGGUUCUAUACAGCUGUGUCUGAUCCCAUUUGUUCUAUACAGCUGUGUCUGAUCCCAUUGGUUCUAUACAGCUGUGUCUGAUCCCAUUUGUUCUAUACAGCUGUGUCUGAUUCCAUUGGUUCUAUACAGCUGUGUCUGAUCCCAUUGGUUCUAUACAGCUGUGUCUGAUUCCAUUGGUUCUAUACAGCUGUGUCUGAUCCCAUUGGUUCCUUACGGAUCCACAGCUUUUUAUUUUUUCCGUCUUUUAUAUGAUUAUAUAGCUGUUUUAAUAACCAGACAGACGCUGGAAGAAUCUGCACAGAAAUGUAUUCAUAUAUGAUGGACUAGUUUUAUUGGUGAUAAAGCAGACAUGCCAACAUGCAUUGUACCUACCAUAGGCUUCUAUUUGGCACAUUGUGGUUUUUGACUCAACCGGCUGAAGUUGGAGCUGAGCCAAUCAGAGGACUGGCUGAGGAGAAAACAUCUCCAGCUCUCCUCCCCCCUGUGUUCAUAGUAAUGUUUUCCUCACUCCAUCUUGAUAGCAGCUCUUCACUUUGUCUGUUCAUACCACUGAUGUGUGAGGGGGAAAAUGGAGAACCAACCAUUUGGCAAAUACAUUUUCCAUAAUUGUAAGUGUUAGUCAAGCACAUAACCACUAUUUAGCAGUUAGUCGUAAUGACGCCUUAGCUAAGGAGCUACGGUAGUUAACUACAGUGUUUAGUCAAGCACAUGACCACUAUUUAGCAGUUAGCUCCUUAGCUAAGGCGUCAUUACGACUAAGGUAGUUAACUACAGUGUUUAGUCAACUAAGCGAGAACAAUUUCUCUGCAAUGGUAGUAGGCACAAGCACAUUGACGAGCAACAUGUGCUGUGUUGCCGUAGUUCAAUGUUACUGAGUGUUAUGCUAGUUCAAUGCUGCGCUAGUUCAGUGCUGCGCUACUUCAGCGCUGCGCUACUUCAGCGCUGCGCUAGUUCAGCGCUGCGCUACUUCAGCGCUGCGCUACUUCAGCGCUGCGCUAGUUCAGCGCUGCGCUACUUCAGCGCUGCGCUAGUUCAGCGCUGCGCUAGUUCAGCGCUGCGCUACUUCAGCGCUGCGCUAGUUCAGCGCUGCGCUAGUUCAGCGCUGCGCUAGUUCAGCGCUGCGCUACUUCAGUGCGCGUCACUGUGAGGAUGGAAACAGACAUGGCAGAGAGCUGUUCUGCUAAUACCGUCCUUCAUUGAAAGUUAUGUUAAAGUGUUAAAGAUUAGCAGGCCUAUGUCAUUGAAUCAUUUGUGGAUCUGUCCUCUUCAAAUACCUGGUGGAUGAGGUCAGGGCCGGUGGAUGAGGUCAGGGCCGGUGGAUGAGGUCAGGGAUAGAGAUCUGGAACCAGCUCCUAUAGGCCGAGCUCAAUUUUUGUCAUAUUCCAUAUAUCCUACAGUCAACUAGACUACUACGUUGCAUCCAUUAAUUUAAUUAUUUAGAACUUUCUCCUCAAACAAAUUUAAGAAGAAGCUAGUUUGCAUUUUCACUAGACGAUCCACCUUCAUUACCCCACAAUUUAACCUAGAAAAAAACACCUCAAUUUAAUUUAGCAUCAAACACAAUACUUCUGUGUUUACUACAAUGUUUGAUUUAAUUUAUAGCUCUAGCCUGAGGGGAAAGUCGACUGACCCAAUCUGGGCCUUCCCCUACACAACCUUAGUCCUACAUCCGCACCACCUUGGCAGAAAAUCCCAGGGAGAAGCCCUGAUUGUACAUCAGACCGUAUUUCUAGUUAGCUACUGAAGACCAGCCAAUUACCAAGUACCCAUAACAAUAUAUAGACUACCAUGCCUACUGAGGCAGUCUUCUACCAACAUCAUUUGGAUAAAGAAAAAGGUGCCUAUGACUUGAGCAGUGUGGGUGCGCUGAAUUGGUACACAUAAAACUUAUUCAAGGAUAAUGUGAGGAAUGUUUUUGUUCAUUUUUGUUCAUUUGAAAAUGAUAGGAUAAGUAAUCCUUCUCACCCCCCUAAAAGAUUUAGAUGCACUAUUGUAAAGUGACUGUUCUACUGGAUGUCAUAAGGUGAAUGCACCAAUUUGUAAGUCGCUCUGGAUAAGAGCGUCUGCUAAAUGACUUAAAUGUAAAUGUAACCUGGUUAAAGGAGUGCACUGUGAAGGGAUUAGGGGGCCAUGUGGGACUCAGGCAGUGGGGAGCCUGGUGAUGCUACUGUAUAGAUGAUGGCUUCUCUCUUGUAGUAAUGCUAAUGAUAGGCGAGGGAUCAGUGGUAGUAAUGCUAUAAUGCUAAUGAUAGGCUAGGGAUCAGUGGUAGUAAUGCUAUAAUGCUAAUGAUAGGCUAGGGAUCAGUGGUAGUAAUGCUGUAAUGCUAAUGAUAGGCUAGGGAUCAGUGGUAGUAAUGCUAUAAUGCUAAUGAUAGGCUAGGGAUCAGUGGUAGUAAUGCUGUAAUGCUAAUGAUAGGCUAUGGAUCAGUGGUAGUAAUGCUGUAAUGCUAAUGAUAGGCUAGGGAUCAGUGGUAGUAAUGCUGUAAUGCUAAUGAUAGGCUAGGGAUCAGUGGUAGUAAUGCUGUAAUGCUAAUGAUAGGCUAUGGAUCAGUGGUAGUAAUGCUGUAAUGCUAAUGAUAGGCUAGGGAUCAGUGGUAGUAAUGCUAUAAUGCUAAUGAUAGGCUAGGGAUCAGUGGUAGUAAUGCUAAUGAUAGGCUAGGGAUCAGUGAUCCUUCAGGUCGUCUAUUUAAUCACAAUUGAAGGGGUUGCAAAAUGUCCCUACAUUUUCCAGGUUUUUCAGAAAUCCCUGGGAGCCAGGUGGAGCUUGUUGUCAUGGUGAAGGAUGGUAGCAUAAAGUCUAGUGAUGCCACUGCUCAUGAGUCAGGAUUCCCAGCUCUGUUUGUGUGGUCUUGCCAACUCUGUCAUUAUCAUAAGACGGGGUUAUUACCCUACGAGGUCCAGACUACUGCUUUUCUGUUCUACCUGUUUGGCGGAAUGAAUACACCCUUGGUGUCCCAGGUCGAGUCCCUAACUAGAGGGGAAGAAUGAUUCAUAGCAGUUCAACUGGCUUUGAGGUCCAGAUUUCAACUUGAGGGACAUGGGCGUUAUGACAAGACGGCACAAACAGAUCUGGGAUUCAGGCUAACCAUGGUUUACCUUGGUGUCAAUGGGAACAAGUAAUCGCACAUACAUAACCACUAUCUGGAGAGACCAGACUACAGCUAGACUGCCUAACAGACUGUCUUAUGAGACUGAUUCAUUUCUGCUUUUGUUUUGUUUUUCAACACGCUCUAUGCCAGGAUUAGGAUCAAUUCCAGUCAAUUCAGGAAUUACACUGAAAUUCCAAUUAUCUUCAACGAGGAACAUUUGGAAUUGGAAUUUGGUUUUACUUUCUGAAUUAAAAUGGAAGUGGCCCAACGCUGACGGUAACCCUGAGACAUGUCUGUAGGCUCCUUUUAUGUUGCAAGUUGUGAGUGAGUCGUGUUUCAGUGCCUUUAUGGUAGAAUGUCAUGUUGGUUGGGAGUUCUCAGAAACCACCUCCCCUUCUCUUCAAGCCUGGCCGGCUCACCUAGCUCUCUGGAUUAGUGGACCCAAGGAUCUAAACAGGGUCCUUGGGACGUCCAACUCUGUCAGCCCUUUGAAGGGGACAUUUCAAACAGUUAAGGAUAAGGGUGAACUGUUAGUGGACAGGACUGGUUCCUGGCCUUAGAAGUUGAUCAGGCUGGUUGGCAGGUUCCCUCCAAGUGACUGAACACACCGCAGUCUACAGACUUAGAUCAGCUGCAGGUGUGGAUAAGAGGGAGCCACUGUCUAUUUACUUAAUAAAGCCUAGUAUCCCACUUCACAUAAAGUGUGUCUCAUUGAGCUUAAAACUUGCCCCCUAUCAAAUUGAGAGCACUACAAAUAAGUCUCUGCUACUUCCAUGUAUUAAAAGGGAUUCUUCUGGAUGUUGGCAACAAUGCCCUUUAUCUACUGACCCAGAGUCAGAUGAGGCCCUUUAUCUACUGACCCAGAGUCAGAUGAAGCCCUUUAUCUACUGACCCAGAGUCAGAUGAGGCCCUUUAACUACUGACCCAGAGUCAGAUGAGGCCCUUUAUCUACUGACCCAGAGUCAGAUGAGGCCCUUUAACUACUGACCCAGAGUCAGAUGAGGCCCUUUAUCUACUGACCCAGAGUCAGAUGAAGCCCUUUUAUCUACUAACCCAGAGUCAGAUGAGGCCCUUUAUCUACUGACCCAGAGUCAGAUGAGGCCCUUUAUCUACUGACCCAGAGUCAGAUGAAGCCCUUUUAUCUACUAACCCAGAGUCAGAUGAGGCCCUUUAUCUACUGACCCAGAGUCAGAUGAAGCCCUUUAUCUACUGACCCAGAGUCAGAUGAUGCCCUUUAUCUACUGACCCAGAGUCAGAUGAAGCCCUUUAUCUACUAACCCAGAGUCAGAUGAGGCCCUUUAUCUACUGACCCAGAGUCAGAUGAAGCCCUUUAUCUACUAACCCAGAGUCAGAUGAGGCCCUUUAUCUACUGACCCAGAGUCAGAUGAAGCCCUUUAUCUACUAACCCAGAGUCAGAUGAGGCCCUUUAUCUACUGACCCAGAGUCAGAUGAAGCCCUUUUAUCUACUAACCCAGAGUCAGAUGAGGCCCUUUAACUACUGACCCAGAGUCAGAUGAGGCCCUUUAUGUACUGACCCAGAGAUGAACUCAUGGAUAAACAUUUUAUGUCUUUGUGUCCAGUAUGACGGAAGUUAGCCAAUGCGAAGUCGCGUUAGUGCAAUGACUGGAAGUCCACAGGAACAACUAGUAUGCUAGCCCUGCUGAACACAGCCCUGCUGAACACAGCCCUGUUUUAGGUUGUAGUCCCUGGGUGCAUCCCAAAUGGCACCCUAUUCCUUAUAUGGAGCACUACUUUGGACCUGGGCCCGUAGGGGAAUAGAGUGACCCUGGGCCCGUAGGGGAAUAGAGUGACCCUGGGCCCGUAGGGGAAUAGAGUGACCCUGGGCCCGUAGGGGAAUAGAGUGACCCUGGGCCCGUAGGGGAAUAGAGUGACCCUGGGCCCGUAGGGGAAUAGAGUGACCCUGGGCCCGUAGGGGAAUAGAGUGACCCUGGGCCCGUAGGGAAUAGAGUGACCCUGGGCCCGUAGGGGAAUAGAGUGACCCUGGGCCCGUAGGGGAAUAGAGUGACCCUGGGCCCGUAGGGGAAUAGAGUGACCCUGGGCCCGUAGGGGAAUAGAGUGACCCUGGGCCCGUAGGGGAAUAGAGUGACCCUGGGCCCGUAGGGGAAUAGAGUGACCCUGGGCCCGUAGGGGAACAGAGUGACCCUGGGCCCAUAGUAGUGCACUAUAUAGAGAGAGGAUGACCCAGUCUGUGUCUGUCAGGCUUGCAGUGCCAAUGAGGAGGUUACAGAGGUCAUCAUCUCCAAUUAGCCUUGUCUGCUCUGUCUGUAUCCCCUUACUAUUACUGUUAUGUAAUUAGUUACGUCAACGAUCACUUUAUGCCUCGGCUCCACUGUUUUAUUUUUCAUUCGCGCUGUGAUUUGUAUUUUUUUAAUAAUUAAACUGUUAUCUCUGUCCACUACUUACAAUUGAAAAGUGCAAAUAAAUACAAUUAACUAUUAUAACUGA